AGACACCAAGGAGAGGCCAACAGAUGAGGGGAGCCAUUUUUCUGCAAUGGAAUUAAAUGGCCAAGUGGGUUUUUCCUUUGUUGCAAAUGGGGAAUGUUUUUCCUUUGACUCCACCAUCCAGUUCAGGACGCCUCAGUGUUGUGUUUAACAUUUGUCAACAGGCUAAAGGACUCACAAUUGGAAGAAUGAAGAAGACUUUUUAAAAAGAUCUGGAUUUUUCCUUAUGACUUGGAAUCCAUCUUUGUCUUGUAUAACUAGGUCAUAGCACACCAUUAAUGUCAGCAGUUAACAAUUUUGAAUUCCAAAAAACCUAAGUAAACGACAUAUUUAAUUUUUUUCCUCUUUUUUUUUUCUUGGGUGGGUGGGGGGAGCUUGGAGCUGUCUUAAUCUGUAUUCUCUUGACUGAACAAUAAAUUUUUAUAUAUAUAUAGUUUCCUCUAUUAAACACUUAAACCUGGCCAUCUUAUUAACUCCUUCUGCUCUCUUUUUAACAAGGUAAUGUUUUAAAUGUAUAGUUUUAGGACUAGCGAAAUGGCAGCAACAAAAAAUUGUAAGCAGUCGUUACUCUUUUAAGUUUUUUAAAAACCUUUUACAUUGUAAGUACCCAGUCCAUUCUGUCCUUACGCAGUGCAGUUUUCAUUGUUAAUGUUGCUGAGAUGUCCUUAAUUUUCUGAACCUUCAUCUGCAUGUAUGUCUUUGUCGCUCUUGUCUAACAUAAAACAGUUAAAAUGCUUUUAGACGAUUUUGCUUUUAUACAGCUAGGGUUUUAGCUUUAAGCUUUUGAAAAUGUUUAUAGCAAUAAAUGCUAGUCAGCUUUCUUCCCAGUAACAUGUACACUUUCUUUGAAAAUCUAUUUGAAGAAAAACAUCUCUGUUUUUCUCGUCUUGGUAGGGGGGUGGGUGAGGGAAAGGAAGACCUCUUUGUGUAAAGAGACUAAAGCCGUCACAGGAAACUAGAUUAAAACUGGAAAACAAGUCCUAGCUGGUUCGAGCCAAACACCAUCGUUAACUCGGGGGUAUUUUCUAUGGUGGUUGGGAUGGCCGGUGCGUCUUUUGCCUUUUGUUUGAUUUGACUGUGUAUUUUCGCCUUUUGUCUCUUAAUGACGGUCACACCAUUGCUAUAUCCAGAGCAGUAAACAGUCCUCAGCGAAGCCGCCUUUUGCCAACCCAACCCUGGAAAAUUUGCAGAAGUGGAAGGAGCUGAAAAUGCCAUGAGAGUGUAACUUUAAAAAGGAUCAUGACCGGAGAAGGGGCCCGGUACCCCCAGAGUGGACCGUCCUCCUUUGGACAGAAGCAGGCCUAGUUUGACAGUCCUCCUACUAAGGUAGGUGUGAGCCCUUUCCCAGCCUGCGAGAGAGAUUUGGGGGGCUUUGGCCUGGAGCCCAGGGAGGGCGGGCACCCCAAACCUGCUAGUCUGGUUCUGCAGCCCUUCCCCCCCCCCCAACAGAUGUGUGGGACUGAAAUCGGCUGCCUGCUGGGCCUGCUUGGUCCAUCCAUCCCCGCCUGUCAGCUUCCGUUGUCAGGAGUUUGGGGCGUGCAAUUCUUUGCCAUAUUUAGCAGCAUAGGAGAGGCUGCACUUGCAUGUAUUAGGUUGGCCCAAAAGUUAGUUCGGGUCUUUCCGUAAAAUCUUACAAAAGCCCGAACGAACUUUUUGGCCAACCCAAUAUUUCCCAGUUGUGUGGUGGGUGGAGUGCCCUGGAUGCCUCUUCUGAAAGACACAGGCAGCUGCCAGGAAACCGGGCCCGGCCCUGGCCCUCCCUUCCGGCCUCAGCUGGGAGCGUGUGGGGUGACUGUGUGAGCUGGCCUCUUCCCCUCUGAUGUCUGGCUGCCAGGGAGGUGAAGAACAGAAAGACUUGAGAUCUGGGCCAGCUUUCUUUAAGAAAGAGGUUUCUUGACUCUUCCCCUUCCAGGGAAUUCCCACGAUUCCACCUCACCCAGGCCCCCCACCACCACCAAAAACAAAAGAAAAGAAAAAGAAAAAGCUCUGUUUGUAGAACGGGAGAAACCCGGAUUUGAAACCUGGCUAGCCAUUUCACCUGCUGUGACCUUGCCUAAGCAGCACAGAUCCUCAGCCCCAGUUUCACCAUCUGCACAGAUGGGUCAGUGAUUGUCAGAGUUGAGUGUGCAGCCGAAUCACACGGGUGGCUCAUUAGAAUCGACUCCGAGGCCCGGUCCUUGAGUUUCUCAUUCAGUAGGUGGGGCCUGAGAGCUUGCAUUUCUAACAAGUUCCCAGGUGAUGCUGAUGCUGCCGUGUGGAGACAUUUUGAGAACCUUUGGGCCAGGUAACACCUGGGGUGUUGUGAGGAUCCAAGCAUGUGCUCUUGGAACCCCGAACUAUUUCUUGGUGCGGAGGUGUCGCUUCGUAGAGAUGGCAGCUCUCUCCUUAUUCUCCUUACGCUAGCUGACAGCAUGCAGUUUCCCAUUCUCUUUAGCUCCAGGAAGCUCCGCAGCUGGAGACAGUGCGGCUCUUGAUCUCUGACCCCUCCCCCAUGUGAUCUUUAGUUUGUGAUUACUUUGAUGAGCCAUUUGGGUCCAGGUGCUGCUGAUUGCGCCGCCUCCCCCGUUCGGGCCCAGGCUUGACUUCCGGGUCUAAUAGGCUCUGCUCACUUUUAUCCCAUUCUUCAGCUUGGGGGCUGGAGUGAGGACUGGGGGAGCCGUAGGGCUUGACCCAGAGGUUUUGCCCAGAGGUUUUGUUGGGGGCGUGUUGGUGCUUAAUCGAGGGAGGCUCUAAGGCAGGCAGCUGUGGGUUUGACUCUCCCCUGUGCUAGUUGACCUUGGGCGAGUCUCCUGUGUAAAGUGAUGAUAAUGAAGCCUGCAGUAAAGGGUGGAGGGCGGAUUAAGUGCGAUUAAGGGGGCCGGCCUCACAGGCUUCACACCAGUUGGCCCCUCUUCGGAGGUGGCUGCGGGGGGUGGGGCUGGGCUGUCCGAGAGCUCCUCCCCCACCAGCCCACCUCGUAGCACGUGGCAGAGUCUCAGGGCAAAGGGGAAGGCUGACAUUCUGCAGGCUGGGAGCCAGCUCCAUUUUUACUCCAGCGUGUGAGUUGGGAUGGUGGCCUUUUCUCAAGUCCACAGGCUGUUGUUCCAUGAUGGGUCAUGGUUUGGGGGGUUCCCCCCACCCGGAGAGUAACGUGACUCACCCAAGGUCAGGAGGUCACCACCGGCAGUCAGGAUGAGAUUUCAGGUGUCUUCCAGCCCAGCACCUGUGUGCAUGGCACCCCCUCGCCCCAGCUGCUGGGUUAUUCUGGGCUCCUGCCAGUGCUAGCUGUCUGCUGGCGUCACCGCCUGGGAGCUGGGAAAGCUAUUUGGUUGAAAGUAACCAGCGUGGUACUCUUAGGUCCUUCUGGCUGCCAUGCCUUGGCGCCAUGAGGGUCUCCAGAUAAGCUGGAUUUGGUCCAUGCUGUCUUUUGCUGGGGGGCAAGGGGUGCAGCCGACCACACCUGGCAGCAGACUCCCUUCCCCCUACCCAGGGUGAGCACUUUGUAAAAGUUGGCGAGGCUCACAUUAUUAGUAUCAUACGAGCCUUUCCCUCCUUCCACAGUCUGCCCCAAUCUGGCGGUUUAAAUUCGGCUCUGCCAUUGAUGAGUUCAUUCAACUCCCUGGAUUCUCAGGUGACCUUUCUGCCCCCUGAGGGUGUCCUGCAUCCCUUCUGAUAGAGCCCUUGGGGCUCCACGGGGCUGGGGUCUUUACCUCCCGUGGUCGUUGGAUAGUUAAAUAAUUGAUUUAAACCUUUCCCUCCCAGCAGCAGCUUGGAGGGUUACAGCCAGUUCCUCCACUCCCGCCCUGGGACCAAUUAGGGAACAAUGAGGCGCUCCACUGUGGUCCGGGUGUGAUUCUUGGAAGGGAGAGGGGUCCCGAUGACCUGAAAGGAUCGUACCCCUCCCCGCUUCCUUUUUUCACCCCCUCUUUCUAAUUUCUUUGUCUGGCACGCCAGUACCUCCUAGGUGAAGGGAGGGGCGGGGCAGCCUAUCAGUCCUCAGACUGGUUCCUCUGCCGAGAGCGUGGCUCCACCCACCGGUCACCCAGCAAGCUCGGGGCGGGGCUGCUCCUGGCGCCCAGCCGGUGGAGCCUGCCUGGAGAGGGCCACGCCAGCGGAAGGGCGGCUGGAGGUGGCCGGACCUGCCUUCCUACUGGAUGCCAGGGGCCCGCCCCUUACGGCCCGUUGGGCGAGAGCCGAGGCGUGGAGUACGACUUUUGGACCCCCUGGGUGGAAACUGAACCUCUGCCUGGACUGUGGAGAUGGGCACCCCGCCAUCUCAGAGGCCGCCUGGGUCCAGUGCUGUCUCCAUCUGGCCAGUGACCUCGAUGAGUUCCUACCCCUUCAGGAGUCGUGGUCUCCCCUGUGAACCAGGAGGAGGAGGUUGGCAGACAACCUUUGACCUGUCUCUGAGUCUGGCUUUGUGGGUGGAGGUAGCUCUUUGUACUCUGGUGGUGACUCCCCUGAGCCCACCACCAGAUGUUGAGCCUGGAGAGAGUCCUGGGACAGGGAUAGACAGCCUUGAUCCCCAGGCUGUGCUGGGCCACCUCCCAUCCCUGGGGCCCCAGAGGAUGGUCAGUUACUUCUGUCUCACGUGGGGUGGAUGAUCCCUCAGGUGUGUAGUGACCUCCCAGAGUAUGCUGAGGCACCAGGGAAGUGGAAGCCAUUAGCAUUGUCGUUAACGUCCCUGUCCUGACCUGUGCUGGCCAGACCUUGCCCUGACAAGACAGAAGUGGAUCUGGCCCUAUUUCUCUCUUGUGGUCAGUUGGCCUCACUAGAUCCCAGGCCUAGAUGUGAGCACAAAUCAGUUCACCCCCGCAGAUGCCACCUGCCAGCUCCCCUAGGCUUCUGUGUCUCAACAGCUUUGUGGCAAGAACCAGUUUAAAGAAUUGUUUCUUACCCUCCUAAAUCUCUCCAGGAAUUCCUGGUGAAUAGAAGAAUGGCAUGGGUCCUCGGAACAUUUUGCAGGGCCAGACCACGUGGGCAGACAGGACCCCUAUGCCAGGAUCUUUCUUGGAACCACCGACGCUACCUUCUGGGGGGAAACAGGGCGCCGCCGCCAGUGCUACCUGCUCCCGGCUAUGGACAAGCCUGGGGCCCCAGCCCCGACUGCCGCCCCGGGCCCCGGCAAGAAGGAGCUGAAAAUCGUGAUUGUGGGCGACGGCGGCUGCGGCAAGACUUCGCUGCUCAUGGUGUACAGCCAGGGGUCCUUCCCCGAGCACUACGCCCCAUCCGUGUUCGAGAAGUACACGGCCAGCGUGACCGUGGGCAGCAAGGAGGUGACCCUGAACUUAUACGACACCGCCGGGCAGGAAGAUUAUGACCGGCUGCGGCCCCUGUCCUACCAGAACACCCAGCUCGUGCUCAUCUGCUAUGACGUCAUGAACCCCACCAGCUAUGACAACGUUCUCAUCAAGUGGUUCCCGGAGGUCACCCACUUCUGCCGUGGGAUCCCUAUGGUGCUCAUUGGCUGCAAGACAGACCUGAGGAAAGACAAGGAGCAGCUGCGCAAGCUCCGGGCGGCCCAGUUGGAGCCCAUCACCUACACGCAGGGCCAGAGCGCCUGCGAGCAGAUCCAAGCCGCCCUCUACCUGGAAUGUUCUGCCAAGUUUCGGGAGAACGUGGAGGACGUCUUCCGAGAGGCCGCCAAAGUUGCCCUCAGUGCUCUGAAGAAAGCACAGCGGCAGAAACAACACCGCCUGUGCCUGCUGCUUUGACACCUCCCGGCGGGGCCCACGGCCCUCACGAUAGAACUGAGAGGACCCAGGUCCCCAGCUCCAGACUACUCCCCGGAUCCUGCACCCUCCCCAGCUCUCCAAGGGCACUCGGAGUCGGGCGUCUCCAGGGCCUGGUGUCUGGAGCCUGUGGCCAGGCUCUUGGAACAUUCUGGAACUCUCUCCUUUCCCAGCUGGGGCUCUGACCACGAGCUCCCCUCCAGCCUGCUUGGUAGUGGUGAGCGAGGGUGCUGGACUCAGUCCCUCUGUACCCUGGAACUAGCUUUUGUCCCCAGGACUCAGGAGUGCCCUCAUCACUACCAACCCCCAGCUGUGUGUCCCCUUCUGCACACCCAAUAGGUCCUCAAAGCCUGUGCUUGAGAUGAGAAAUGACGUCUGGUAUGAGGAUAAAUGUGGACUUGGCCGCGUUCCACACGGCCCCCAAGCCUGCUCUCCCCAGUCACCCGCCUCCCUGGUUUCCUGAGAUAGGCACGGCUGCAUCCUCCAGCUUCUUGCUUCCUCCCCGCAGGAACUCAGGCACCAGGAUGGGACCGAGGCCUAUCACAAGAACACAGGCCCCAGCCCCAAACGUGGGGGGCCGGCACCAGCCCCCUCCCUCCUCCCUUCCAAACAGAGGACUUAAGUCUCAGCCCUCGGCUUGGCCGCCAUCUUUCCAGAGCUGGACGCACAUGAGGCAGAGAAGAACCUCUCUCAAAAAGCAAAAAGUAUUCUCUGGUUGAUCCAUGUGACCCUCGCUCAGUGUCUCCUCACCUGCAACCCCUCCGCUCGCCACUACUUGCCAGAAACCCGAGAUAAAAAGUGACAUCAGCUCCGAGUGAUCUUGGGCAAGUCAGGUCUCUCUACAGACUGUCUGCAGAAGGACGGCACUGGCUCAUUUAAAUAGUCAUCGAGCUCCCGUCUCUCACAGCCUCCAAUUCUGCCAAGAUGUGGAGAUCUGGAACCAAGGCCAUCCUGGCCUCCUGCGAGAACAGACUUGAUUAACCCCCAGUGCAGAUUCACUGAACCUCCUAGAAGGUCUGGGGUCAGGGGCCCAAGAGUUUUGAAACAAGUGCCCCAGGUGAUUCUGAUGCCCCGGAGAUUGAGAGCUGGUGGCUCCUGAGUAAGCCCAGGGAUCAGCGUUACCUAAGAUGAGAUAAUGGCUUGAGGUGGUCCUGCCAUCCCCGGUAUCUCCUGCCUCGGCCCCCUCCCUUGCCCAGUGCUUCAGCCCCCACUAGGCCUGAGAAAGAGACUUCUGAAGUCUACCCCACCCCACCUAGGUUCCCCAAGGCCCUGCCACGCCCUGGGGAAUCAAGAGAGCAUUCGGUCCAAGGCUCCGUGGACAAAUGAUGGUCUUGGACAGAGGUCCACAAACCACAGUCUGUGGGCCAAAUCUUUAUUUUUGUAAAUAAAGUUUUAGUGAAAAACAGCCACGCCCA